UUUCUUCUCGUUGUUUUGGUAUUUGCUGGUUGGUGAGGUGAAGAGUGUAAUAUCAACAGCUGUACCUUUACCUGCAUAUUGGUGUUAUUACUUCGUGCCAACUGGUGGUGGUAAACUAAGCCUCUUUACUCAGCAAUGGAUCCCUACCACUCGUUGUGCACAUGAAUAGCCAUGAUAUUGACAUUAAGUUUACUUUGGUUUGACCGGCCGCUACUGAAGUCAACAUAUGAUAUAGAUUCCUGCAAAAGGAACCGACAAGAAUUUAGAAAUGCCCAAAUAUUUUAAUCUAAUAAAUGAUGAUGAUGAAGAAGAUUGUGAAAGCUGGAAGUUAUUGGAGCUGCAACAGGUGCAUGCCCAUUGCCAUGAUUGUUACAAUAGUUCUUGUACCGAAGGUGAAGAUGGAAAUUAUACCACUCCAGAUGGCCAAAUGCGCUGUUGCCCUGUCACAAGCUGUGAAAAUAGCUGUGGUGCAGUUUAUCAUGAAUGCAAAGGACCAGAGCAUAAUCUGCUCUGUUCCUUUGAACGAGUGCCUUGUAUCAAUGUAAAUUAUGGCUGCCCCAUAAUCAUGCAUCGAGCAGCUCUUGGAAGACAUCUUGAAGUCUGUCCAGCUAGUGUGAUAUUUUGUUCCUUUGAAUGGAAUCGCUGGCCCAUGCAUUCAACAGAAAAUGGGGUGAAAGCACCUUUGCCUCUGGAAAACCGUCACCUUCGUUCCCGGCAACUUGAUGUAGCACUUGCUCUUCGAGAUCAACGAAUGUUAAUCGAAACCCGAAAGGCCCCUCGAAGGACGCGUCACAUACUUAGGAAUUCUCUUACCCAGCGCCACCCAGCUGCUCCCUUUUUACACCACAGUAGUUCCUUUGACUCUGACAACUUGAAUUCAGCUGGUACUUCACAGACAGUUUCUGACGAUGAUAGUGAUGGGCCAUGGGAAAAUGCAAAAUCUCCACCAGGACUACAGCGUAGUGUUUGCAGCAAACUUUUCCGUACUACUGAUCAACAAAAUUCACCAACUUCACCAGAGGAACGCUCUGACCAAGUUGUAAACAGGAAAAUUAAAUUAAAUACUCAAACAAAAUCAAAAAGUUUAGAUAAUUCACAAAAAUGUACUCAAUUAGGACUAGAUUAUCCAAUAAUAUGUUCCCAUUGUAAGAAUUCUCAAUCCAAUAUUGCCAUGGAAUUGCCUGAUAUAAAUUCUUCAAAGAGCCACUGUCAAGAAUCAGAAUGCCUUAAUAAAUGUUGCCAUUAUUCAGCUCAAACAACGAAUGAAAAGUCAAUUAACUCUCAGCAGAAUAUGAACAUCCAUGAAAUAGCUAAUGUCCAUAUCAAUGAAAUGGAUUCAGAAGAAGUGGCUGGGAUGGCAUGCCAAGCUCCUAACUGUGAGCUGAUGACUGAAGAUGGCAGUUCCUCAAAAUCAGUCCAGACUGUGAAAUUAAAUGAACUACUUGGUGUUUCUUUGAACAUUGAAUGCAUGACACGGUAUCAACCGAAACCCAGGUCUAUGUUUACAUUCCUCUGUGCUCAAGAAUUCCGUCGUGAUGAAUAUGCUUGGCACUAUAAAAAUGUCCACGAUGAUAUCCACUGUGGGUUAAAUGGUUGGCUUGAGCAACGAUGUCCACUUGCUCACAGUGGGUGUACAUUUUCCUUUUGCCGGUUUUAUCCCGAUCAGGUAAACUAUAAAAUUAUCCAUAGUAGUUUAGUGGAAAGUUUUGGAGUAAAAACUUCAUGGAACUGCGAGGAAAAUGCUUCAAAAUCUGUACAUGAAAUUCAACCAUCAGCACCUCUUACAAUGCAUUGUGAAUGUAAGAAAAAAUCCCAAGGGAAGACUCUUCCGAAGUCUCGAGAAGUGACUCCUGAAAUUGUUACGUCCAGCCAGUAUGAUUCUAUGGUGCGUGUUGUUAAUGUUGACCAAAAGAAAGAAGAAAUACAACAACCGGAUUGUGACUUCCUAACAGCAUUGCCAUAUGAACUGUUGCAACAAAUACUGCAAAAUCUUGACAGUUUUAGUUUAUGUAACUUAGCUGCGAGCAGUAAAUAUCUGAGAGACGUCUGUUCAAGUCUGUUAGAAACUCGUGGUCUUGUGACUUUAAUUUGGCAAAAGAAAAUUGAUGAAACCACUGGGGAAGGUCACUGGAAAAUUGCUUAUAAGAAAUGGAACUUCAGUCCAGCGUUUACUCCAGUAAAACGAUGGGAAUUUAAUGGUUCUAACCCUCUCUCUGAACAUCUCAAGGUUUGCUCUUAUAAUCAGGACCAUUCUUUAACAGCAGAACCAUUUUGUCUUGCACUAAACAUUAAUAGCAACCAAUCUACAACAGAAGAGGGGGAAGCAGAUAAUUUAUCCUGCCCUAAUUGACAUUUUUAGAAUUUUUGAAACAUUUUUUUUAACCAAAACCCAAAAUAAAAAUUACAUAAGCUA